AUGAAUUCCGCCAUUAAUUCGAAAUUGGCAAAUGAAUUAGAGACAGAUGCUAAUAUUCGUAAACUUUGGUCAGAGAGUAUUCAUUGCCGCGGUCAACGUCAGACAUUCAACAAGGCCAAUGAAGUUUAUGAUUUUAUUAUCGUUGGAGCUGGAACCGCUGGAU